AUGGGACAUCACAACCGCCAUUUUGCUGGCGAUCCGCACGCGCUGGAGGGUGUUUUGGAGUCCACCAACUACUUUUGUGAGGAGGACUAUGCCGUCAGCAGAUAUUUCGCCGAGUUUAUCAGCACUUUGACAAUCUUGGCAUAUGUUUAUUACGCCCUUGUGUACAUCUACGGUCCUGGGAGCAAAGUCUUAUUCUCCCCCAGAUAUGAUUUCAUGUCCAUCUCUCUCCUCGUCCUCGGCAUCGGCUCUUUUGCCUUUCACGCUACCCUCCGCCAGUCAAUGCAAUUCGCCGACGAGCUUGCCAUGUUAGGGCUUGUCUGGUCUUUGCUUCAAGGUGUUCUCACCAUUGGGACGAAGCGUGACAGGAUACUCAACUGGUUGAUGGCUUUUUGUACGGAGCUGAGGAGUUUGAGGGUGAAGAUGGGGUUACCUUGGGCUUGGGUGUUGGAGUUGCAUGGGUGGUGGCAUGUGUUGACUGCUGUUAGUGCGAGUUGGUUUAUGGAUAUUGUGAGGAAGGUCCAGGAGGAGUUAAGAGAUGGUACCAGCGUGGCGGGCAAGGAUUCUGAGAGUGAAAGGUUGAAAGAGUUAUAG